UAUUAUAUAAAAAAAGAAAAACCACUAGUUAUUAAAGAGUGUGAUUUUCAACUUGUUACUAUUUCUAUCAUUUGUAAUUUGAUUACCAAUGGCGAGGAAACACAACAAUGGUAAGUGUGAAUUACAUGAAAUGAGUAAUUUAAACAACAGCUAUCCACCAGUAUUGACCGGCAAUAAUCAGCAUUAUUUAAAUAAGCAAAAAGAUAGGAGUGUUAAAAAUACAGUGAACAAAAUGUCAUCUAACCUGAACAAUUACACGAAGAGAAAAAUGGAUGAUUCUGGAUGUAUUGAGGCAAAAACCCCAAACUUGAAUGACCUUUCUGGUAAGGCUUGCACUCAUCCUAAGGGCGUGAUGGCAAUGUGUGACCGGCAUUGCUCAGCAUCGAUACUCGAAGAAACAGAUGCAGGUAUUGAGAAGUUAAAAAAUGUUUAUUCUCGUUUAGUCACCCGUGUUCAAAAUUUAACAAUAUCAAAAGAAAGUGGUAAUUUUGGUAUGACCUCCAGUGUCGAACGAUUAAAUGACUUGCUGAAACAAUUGAACAAAGACAAGGAUCAAAAUUUAGAUGUUUUGCGAUCAUUUCUACAGGGGAUAAAUUCACUUUGGUUAGAGUACAAACGAGAGAAGAAGGAACAAAGAAAAAAGAUGGCAAACAAAAAGGAUAAAAAUGGAAACGCUCACACAGCUACGGAUAUAAUGAGAAAAGAACAGAUCCCAAGUCAAAAAAUUGAUAGUGGACGAUACUCAAAAAACAGAACAUCAAAUAAUUCUUGUCAAAAGAGUACAAAUGUUCCCAGAUCAGAACAUCAAAGUAAUAGUACAACACAGAAGAUGGGACAUACUGAAGCAACUGAAAAGACAUGUCCUGACUCAACAAAAUUGUCACAGAAUAAACUGCUAGACAAGAAAAGGAAAAGAAUUCCAACUGGACGAAAUUCAAAUCAUCAAACUCGACAACAAAACCAAUCUCGUGAAGCACAAGCCAUCAACAAGACAGUUCAGACGCACAAAUUAAUGAAUCCGGUAAAAGAACACGAUGGUUUAUCGCAAGUUCGGGAUAAGCUAACAGAGACUAUUGCUAUCAUAAAUGCAGUUCAGUCAAAUUUCAUACAAUCGAAUAGAAAGUACCUACCACCGAUUCGUAGGAAAGACACAUCUUGUCCAGAAAACCAUGUAAAAAAUGCAAAUUAUGAUAGUAGCUCUGAACAGUUGUGUGAUACAGAAAAAUUGAAUAUGACCGAAACAUCAGUCGAAAAGAGAUACCAGCAAGUAAGGACAAAUUUGUUUUUAACUGACCGUGAGAGUAAGCCUUCAAAGAAAGUGAACUAUGUAAAGCAUGAUGGUAAAUACUUGUGCCAAUCAGAAACAUCAACCGCCACGUUACACGAGAUUGAGACAUUUGUUAAAAAUGAAGAGCUUUCAGAUGACAAACCACAAAUUAGCAGUAAACGGCUACUACUAAAUGAAGACACAAAGUGUGUCCAAGGACUAAAUGCAAGUUUUGAUUCUAAAAACAAUCCUACACACCAAGGAUUGUUUCAAAUUCCCUCUAACACAUUCAGAACAUUUGGACAGGAGGAAGAAGCAAUAAUAGUGGCAGAUUUGGUAGAGCAAGAUCAGCAAUGUGAUAGAUCUGCAUUAACAAAGCUCGGCACAGAUUCUGGUGAGAGUCCACUUGAAAAUAUAUCAGAACAGAGCCAUAACAACAUUUUGACUGCUUGCGAAAGCAAAGAAAUCAGAGAAGCCGAUUUGAAAAUAAUUCCUCAAUACCAGACUUUACCCAAAAAUGUGUCUAAUCAAGUAAAUCAUAUUGACAGAACAGCUCGAUAUGAUUCAAGUGAAAAAGAUAGUUUUGACUCUGAUGGGACACUUCCUUCUGUAGUUCCAGUUUACUCACCGCGCCAAUUCAAUACUGCUCAAACAAGAGGUAUAAAAACCAAAAGCACAAUUGGCAAUUAUAAAGACCAGGAUAAAUGUGACAGUUGGCUUCAAAUUAAUGAAAAACAGCAGGUAUCAAACUUGGAACUUUUAGAAAACUGUAGAAAUGAUCAAAGAGGAACUAUGGAAUUGUCAUAUGCAGCUCGUGAGAAGGAACUAGUAACGAUGAAUAUAGAUGCUCAUGAGUCUUGUCAAAGGAAAUCCACAAAUCACAUUGACCUAGACCAUUUACAUUCAUGUCAAGUGACUCGAGGUUAUUAUUCACCGACAAUUGCCUCCACUGAUGUAGAAUUAGACCUAUUGAAAAUGUCGUUCUUGACAACUGCUGCCACAUCGAACCUUACCCAAAAAUGUCUGAAACAUAGAAGUGAUCAAGAUGUGCAACAUCAUAGUUUAUGCAACAGCAAAAAUAAAGCAACGCAAUAUGAAGGUGCAUCAAAUUGCAAAGAAUGGGGAACAUUGUACCACACUUCAGUUCAGACUGUAUCCCUUGAGCCGACUAGUAAAUGUGACCGACUUGUGCAAACAGAGGAAGUAACACUCGUAAGUCAAAAUUCUCAAACAGUGCUAAAACAGCCACCUCGUAGAUUCACAUCCCACGUAUUUGUGACUGUGGACUUAACAGGAGGGAAAACAAGAGGACGGCCCCUAGCCAAAUGUAGAAAGAAUUUUAUUAAAGGUCGAAUGAAGAUGGCACAAGUAAAAAGGACUGAACAUUUUCCUACUAGGACAAAAGGCUCUGACAUUAUUAAUAUACAUGAAGAGAAGAGUACAGCAAAUGCUGAGCUUUGUCUUUUGACUUUAGAGUUGCGAAAUGGAGAUCCAGAAGCUUCAAAAGCCCAGGAAGAGUUUUUGGAAAAUAAAGAGCAAUUAUCGCUAAUAAGGAUAUACCAACCUUCAAAAUCGGCCGCUAGAGAUACCUAUCUCACAGAUAUCUUAAGCAACCAGCCUCGUGAAUUUCCAAAUUUCCACCAAGAAGAUGAUAAACUCGGUUCUGUUUCGACUCCAGCAUUAUUUCGUUUUAAAUCCAGGUCUGUUCCAACUGUCAUAUCAAGGAGCGGAAUGAAAGAGGAAUGCAUGAAAGCUAAGUCUGCUUUGGAAUUUGGCCAUAAAGCCAAUAUAUUUGAAAUAGGAAGUAAACCAAGUAGAUUGCCCAUUUCAUUACCUUCAGCGACUGACGACUACUGUUUGCUGAAUAUUUUACGAUCACCAUUCUCGUUAACUAGUCAAGGUGGUGAUUUUAUUGACAACAAAUUGAAGACUGAACCUCAGGAAGAACAGCUGGCCAAAAUGCAGGGUACUGGUUCGCCUGGUCUAUCCCGACGAGUUGCAAGAAAAAGGAAAUGGUCAGGUACCAGCAGUCGAAACAUUUCAGCCAAUGAAAGAUCUUAUACUCGAAGCCCUCCAACAGGCAACAGAAAGAAAGCAUUAAGAAAACAGAGUAAGACAUCAUCUCAUUUAGAGACACCUAACUCUUUGUCCAAAGAUGGUCAUUCUUCUUCAUCUGUAAAAAGUGUAAAAAAUAAUUACUUAUUAGAGAAGAAUAAAACAAGACAUGAAAAUAUGGUUGACAGAGUACAAACUGAGAAAAUUCAAAAGUCUAAAAGCGAACCAUCUUUAUUUUGGAAUAAAAUGAAUCUGCAAUGCAAACAUCAUGAGGAAAAUUUGCGAAUCUCAAAAUCAGAACAAGAUUUUCCUCUGGGGACAGAAAUUUUAGGGCACCUUGGACACACACAACUAUCACCUCAAGAGAAUAAAAAGACACCACACAGCACUGUAUCAUCCUUGUCAUGUAAUACCCGUCCAUAUUCACAAUCUGUUUCUAUAGAGUCUGAAGCUGAUGACUUUACACAGGUCGAUAGUACAAGCAGUGACAAUGAUAGGAAUAUUGUUAUGGAUAACGACACUGAAAGAACAGCGAGUCUCAACAUUAAAAUAAAUGAAGACACAGUCUCUUAUGAUCCCAGUUCAAUAAAAAUUUCACUUGCACAGCCUAGAAUCUCUCGUCCCGAUCGUGAAUCCACACCUCAACACCAACUGUUGAAAUCUUCAUUGCCCGGACAUGACGAUUCAAUGAAAGAAAUUAUGAAAGUCACUGGGCUUAAAAAAAUUCAGCAGUUAAAGAUGCCGCUAAAAAUUGGUGCAGAAAAUGCAGAAAUUAUAAUAUAUUAUUCAAAAAAAGGUUCUACCAUCAAUGACAGCACUGGUCAUGAAAAAAAGGACAUUUUACUAAGCGAAACAAUAGGAUCAUUCAAGGAUAUGUUAAACUGGAUGUUUCAAUCCGUUUUUUCACCUACAUCUGAAGAACAUCCAACCCAGACUAUUUCUACCCCGAAAGGGAAUGACACAAUCAAUUUCACUCCAAAAACUGAACCAGUACAUGUGUUUCAAUUUAAGGCUACACCAGCCACCUGCAACCGACUCGAAUAA